CAGUAUUUUAUAUUAUAAAUGAAACAGUAACUAUCAUUAUAGUUUAUUAAUAUUAUUUAUUUAUAUUUAAUCUAAAUACUUUUAUAAAAUGAACGUUUUAUGGAUGCAAUUUUAAUUUGCAACAAUGAUAAGAAGUUAACUGAUAAGCGCUUGAACUUCGGCCUUGUCGAAUGCUAUAAAGUAAGGAAAUAAGUGCUUUAAAUUGUCGUUUAGAACUAGCCAAUCGUAAAGACGAGUGCGGACGUUAAAAUGGUUAAUGUUUUACUGCUACAAUCGCCUCCUCCAAAAUUUGAGGAAGUUCAAAAGAAAAUUUUUAAUCAAGGCGCCAAAGAAUUUUUAACAAAACUACAUCGAGAAUUUGACCAUAAAAUAGAUGAAUUACACAAAUCCAGAUUGCAACGUUCACUGGAAUUGCAAACAUCAAAUACUUUAGAUUUUAAAAAUUCUUCAGAACGUAGUGAUAAAACAUGGAAGAUUUCACCAUUACCUUCCCGGUUGCAGAAUCGUCACUUAGAUCUUGGAGAUGUCUCUGCUUCUAAUACAGCUCAUUUUGUGAGUGCUUUAGAAUGUGAUGUGCAAGGUAUUCAAGUAGACUUUGAUGAUGGACAUUGUCCAACAUGGAAGAACCAGUUGAUAGCAUUUCAAAAUAUAUAUUUGGCUGUGAAUGGUAAGAUGGUGGGGGCACCAAUCAGUAUAACUACAUGUCCAGUACUUAUGUUAAGGCCAAGAGCGUGGAACAUGAUUGAUCAUGAUAUUUUGAUAGAUGGAAAGGAAGCCAGCGGAGCCCUCAUAGAUUUUGGCCUUUUGAUUUAUCACAAUGGCAAAAAACUAUAUGAAGCUAAUAGUGGGCCCUUCUUCUACCUUUCUAAACUAGAGGGUGCUUCAGAAGCAAAGCUUUGGAAUGAUAUAUUUGUCUGGACGCAAAAUGAAUUGGGUAUCCCACAAGGAACUAUUAAGGCUUGUGUGUUAAUAGAAAAUAUUAUAUCAACAUUUGAGAUGGAUGAAAUUUUAUAUGCAUUAAAAGAGCACUCCUUAGGCCUGAAUUGUGGUAUAUGGGACUAUUGUGGAUCUAUUAUUAAUAAAUUUGGUAACACAAAGGAAUUUCUGUUGCCCGACAGGAAUAAGUAUGUGAAUAUAGAGAAGAGAUUUCUCAAGAGUUACAUGCAAUUGGUUGUAAAUACAUGUCAUUCGAGAAAUGCGCCCGCCACUGGUGGUAUGGCGGCGGCCAUGUUGAAGCCUGGCUCACAAGGGACGGACGAUGCUUCAAAAGUGGUUAUUAACAAGGUAUUAGAAUCAAAAUUGAAAGAAAUAGAAAUGGGUAUGGAUGGAUUUAUGGUGUAUGAUACAAGAAUGGUACCAUAUGUUAAUGCGCUCUGGAAGAAAAGUAGCACAACACCAAAUCAAAUUGAUCGUAUUUUCGAUAUUAACGUAACCCCACUCGAUUUACUAAGUAUCCCCGCUGGGGGGGUCACGCUCUCGGGCGUUAAGCACAACGUGGCCGUAACUAUACUGUUCAUAUACCACUGGUUGGCCGGCAUCGGUCAUUUCUUCUACAGCGGAAACGUGGAAGACUCCGCCACCGCGGAAAUUUCCAGGUGGCAGAUAUGGCAGUGGAUACGUUUUGCUGUUCCCCUAGAGGACGACUUAAAGCACCACGUCACGGUAAAAUUAAUAGAUAAAACCGCCUCGAAUUUCGCAACUCACGCGCACAAAAACCUGUGUCGCUCAAACGCGGAGCGCAAAAGAUUAACCGCAUCGAAAUAUAUGAGUAUGGAAUUGUUCCUGUUCAGAAACCCUCCAGAAUUCAUAACCAGUUAUCUGAACGAUAAUCACAAAUUUCGAACGCUGCAUAAUAAAUCCUUGUUAAGUAACUUAUAAUUUUCAUCAUAUAAAGUAUGGUGGUGGAUAUUCUUAAUGGUAAGUUAGACUGAUUUUAGCUUAAUUUCGACUUUCGAGUUUUGAAAUUGAAUUUUAUAUAAGGGACCAAUAUUUGAUUUUACCAGUGAUUAUUUAUGACUAUUGAUUUCAUCGGCGAUUAUGGAAUUUUAUUAUUUUGAAAUUCGGUCAUAUCCUUUGAAUGGAUCAAGCAAUUAAUUGAUUUAUUCUAGUAUGUAAAUGUUUUUUUUUUUAAAAUACCAAUAUCUAGGUAUUAUAUUUUCAACUAAACCAAAGAGGUUAUUUAACAUAUCAAUUUCAUUAUAAAUAGCAUAAAUAUAUAUUUUAAUAUCCUACUUCUGUAAUCGACACCAUUGAGAUAUAUAAUUGGCUAUUUACAUAAUGUUGAUUUUUUUUUA